AUGUACCGCCACGAGUCGGGGUCGGCGUGGAGCUUGGAUGAAGAACCGUUGAAGGAGGGUGCGGCGACAGGAGCGGGAUACCAGGCUGUCCAGCGAGGGAGGGACAACCCGUUCGCGGCGGACUACAAUGGCGGCGCGAAGAAGCGGAAUUGGAAGAAGUGGGCGAUCGGAGGACUGCUCGGUGCGGUCGUGAUUGGCGGUGUUGUGGGUGGGAUCGCGGCUUGGAAGGCGCACAGCGGAGGCAGCAGCUCGUCGAGCUCGUCGGGCAGCGGGAAGAUGCAGUACAUCGACGGAACCGCCAAGGUCGUCAAGUGGAACCCGUCAGAUCCUUCGCAGUUCGAGACAGACAGCCGGCUGAAACCGAUCUUCUACGGCCUCGCUUACACGCCCUACAACGCUCUCGAGCCGUGGUGCGGCGCGACGCUGAACAACGUCACGCAGGACAUCAUCCUCAUGAGCCAGCUGACGACUCGACUUCGCAUGUAUGGCUCGGCUUGCAACCAGACGCAACUCGUUCUGCAGGCGAUCCAGGAUACGAAGGUCAACAUGACGGUCUGGCUCGGCGCGUACGUCGGCGACAACACGACUGUCAAUGCUCAGCAGCAAGAGCUCGUGCUCGACGCGCUCAAGAUCUAUGGGGCGGAUCACGUCUCCGGCGUGACCAUCGGCAACGAAUACGUUCUCAAUGCGGCUGUGGAUCAAAAGACGACAGCAAUCAAUUACCUCGUCCAGCAGAUGUCUUCGUUCCGCACCGCACUCGCCGCGCUCAACUUGCCGAAGACGCUGCCAGUCGGUACCGCCGAUGCGGGCUCGGCCUUCACGACCACACUUGCCGCAGGAGCUGAUUUCAUCAUGGCCAACGUCCACCCCUGGUUCGGCGGUCUCCCAAUCGACCAAGCAGCGGGCUGGACCUGGGAGUUCUUCGAAGAGAACGACGUCGCCAUCUCGAACCAAGUCUCGAACAAGCCGACGCCGUACAUCGCCGAGACUGGGUGGCCGACUGCGUCGAUGACGCCGGAGAAUGCGACGCUUGGUGGAGCUGUUGCGGGCGUUUCGGAGUUGCAGACGUUCCUCAAUACCUACCCAUGCCAGGCGAACGCAAACUCCUCCUACUACUUCUACUUCGAGCCGUUCGACGAGCCAUGGAAAGAGCAGUUCGGCGGCGUCGAGCCGUACUGGGGUCUUUUCGACAGCAACCGAAAACUCAAGGACAUCACGUUCCCGACCUGCAGCGUCGAUUCGGGCCACGCUUCCGGUUGA